AUGUCAGAGCAAAAUAACACGUCAAUAUUUCAUACAAUAAAUCCAAAACACGUUUGGGCUGGUGACCACAUUUAUAUUUGGAGUUCCCCGAUACAUCAACAUCAUGGUAUUGUGCUAUUUGUCGAUAAAACUGAUUUCGACCAAUCUCAAGUGCUUGAAUUUAACACACCCGAUGGAAGUUUAAAAAUAGAACGAGCACAAAUUCAAGUUGUCUCACUCAAACAAUUUCGAAAAGAUAAAAAAUUAAAACGUGUUAUUUAUGGAUCAAAAUAUCACAAAUUUAAAAUAGCUGGUACAGCUUAUGGAUUUCAAUCGUUGCCACCGGAACACGUUGUAGACAAUGCACAUUUAAUUCUUGAACAAAUUCAGUUCGAAGGUUAUAUCCCAGAAACACGAUUUGACGGUCAUUAUGAUUUAAUUCUAAAAAAUUGUGAAUGUCUGGCAUACUGGUGUAAAACUGGAAUGUGGUAUUCCAGUCAAAUCGAACAAGUCGUACAUUGGAUUGGUAAACCGUUGCUAAGUUUUAUUAAAGGAAUUAUUGAUAUAGCAGUGGCAAAUUCUAUUAUUCAACCACUUAAACAAGAAGCACUAAGUGAAAUAGUCGAAUCAUCAUUGUGUUUGUUUAAUAAUAAAUUUUGUUCAACUUUAUUUGCUGAAGGUAUUGGAAAUGCAAUUGCAGUCGUGAUUAUUGAAGUCUUUAAACUAUAUUUUCGAGCAAAACAAUAUAACAAUGGACAAAUGUCAAAAGAAGAAUAUUGGACGAAAACAUUAACAAGUAUAAUUACUGCCGUAUCGAUCGGUGCUUGUUCUUUUAUUAUACAAGCUUUACUCACAUAUUUCACGUUUGGAUGUGCCACAGCUUAUCCAUGGAUUGGAGGUUUUGUCGGAUCUUUAAUCGGCUCAUUAGUUGGUGACAUUCUUGGGAAAUUAUUAGUCGACGGUAUUCAACUAACUCAUAAAAUGCUUUCUGACUAA